AUGCAAAAUCAAAAUUAUGAUCUUGACUUACACAAAGAUCCAUUAAAUGUAACAAAUUUAGAAGAUUUGUUAGAUCAAUAUCAACAACAAGCAAAAGAAGAUGAUAAAUUAUUAAAACAUUAUGGUAAUCAAGUUAAUAAUGUAUUUAAAAUAGUUCGUUCUUUACAUAAUGAUGAGUUUCAAGAUUUUUCAAAUUUUAGAACUGAAGUACCAUUAAGUUCUAUCAAAUUGCUAGCGUUACAAUUAAAUAAGUUGAAAAUUUUGGAUUUAAAAUAUAGAAAUGAAUCAAUUGAUCAUAAAAUUCAACAAUUGUCUAAAAGAAACAUCAAAUUAACUAAAGAUAAUAAAGAUAUAGAAAAUCAAAUAGAUUCAUUAAGAUUAAAACUUUUAAAAAAGGAAUCAAAUCUAAUAAAAAAUUACGAAAAUGAACUUUUAAAAUUAAACAACAAUAUUCAAGAUUACGAAACAGUUAAAAUCCAACAAGUAAUUACUCAAUCUCAUAAGCUCCAACUAAACCAAUUCCGUAUACUUAUCGAUUCAACAUUACAAAAAUCAGAUAAGAAAUUAAAGUUGGGUUAUCAACCUAUCCUUAAAAUUCAAGAAUUUUUAGGUUAUAAUUUAUUGUCAAUAAAUCAAUUUUUAGAAAGAUUAAUAAAUUUUCAAAUUCAACUUAAUUCUAUUUUUAGAUUGAAAUUACCUUAUUUAAUUCAAUUAGCAAAAUAUUUACCAGAUUCUAAAUUUUUUGAUCUUCUCAAGAGAAAAGAAAUGAUGAUCACGGGUGAAUAUCAACAACAACAACAACAAAAACAACAACAUCAUCAUCAUCAACAACAACCAUCCCCGCCAAAACAACCAACUUCAGAAAACUUCUACGAAGAACCACCACCCCAAUCACAAGAUCCAAAACCAAAAGAAAUAUCAAACGUAACUGAAAAAAUCAUAAAAUUAGGAGAAGAAUAUCAACUUCCAUUAUCUUCAAAAACAUUAAAUUAUCAAAGAAGAGUAGCUAGAUCUUCAUCAGUUACAUCAAUUGAUCCAGCAGAAUUUAAUAGUAUUCCUACUAUAAGAGAAAAUUCUUCUCCUAUUUCAACAAACACCAAGAAAAUAACUAUUCCACAUAAAAUCAUUAAUAAACCAUUUAAUAAAUUAUCUAUAAAAGAUUUCAUUGAAUUUCUUGUAAUUAUAGUGAAAAUCAUAAUUAAUUUCCAAAUCAUUCUUAAAUACUUUCAAGUAAAUACAGAUCAAUAUAAAUUAGAAGAUUGGUGCGAUAUAGAAUUAAUUCUAUCAGAAAUCCACAAUUACAGUAACAGUAACUUAAAUCUACGACUUAACUCAACAGAUUCAAAAUCUUCAAUAAAAACCAAAAAUUUCCAACAAGUAUUAGAACAAGUUUAUUCAUUAAUAAUAAAAUCAUCAUAUGCUGAAAAAUAUCACACAAGUAAUAAAAUUUUAAAUUUACAAAAUUUAAAAUUUCAAAAUUUAUUUUUAAAUCAACUGAAUUCUUUAAAGUUUUAUGAUGAUGAUGAAUUUGAUGAAUUUGAAAUUAAUAAUAAAGAUGAAUGGGAUUUAAUUAGUGAGAUUUUAUAA